UUGAUUUCACUUGAGACACACUGGUUAUAUACAAUUUGAAGGACAGGGAACUGUUUGAAGGAAUGAGGGUGCUUUAGCGCUCCUUCCAUGUGAAGCUACUGUUGUAAUCUUACAUUUCAAGAUUAUGGGUCUGAUGAGUCCCCUGCCUGGCUAUGGCAUGAGACACAGCAGCAAUAUUGCUUAAUUCCAAGCCAAUAGUGUUGGAUGUAGGACCAAGAUGGAUUGUCUGUUCCUGAUAAUGUGAUAAAUUCCAUUUUCUUUGUAUGCUGGGUGUGAGUGUUGCUUCUUCUAUGUGAUCUGCAGGGACGGCCGCGCGUCCUGCGAUGAGGAAGCGCGCCUCUGACGGAAUGGCGAAGGAUGCCGCGGAAGGACCCAUCCCCCGUCAUGAGGACACGCUCCGCAAACUGAAACCCAGGCCAAACCAGCGCCCGUUUCCAAGCCGCGGUCACGGCGGCACCAUCCGGCGGCACCAUCAUGAGCCUCUUCCUCGGCCGGCGUCGGCUGAGCACCCCGGCGGCGGCCUAACCGGCGAUGUGGCCAAUAUCUGCCUGCUGCUGUUUGCUUCUGUGCUUUCCAUUCAUCAACCUUUAUAAACUGGGACGGCCCAUCGCAAUGCGCUAUCUCAUUGGCAUUUACUCAAAUUUUACAUCGUAAUCCUUCAUCUGCCUUGCGGUUCAUGACCCUUAUUGGCGGCGAGUUGACGCCUGCGUGUUAGCACCUUGCGCACACCUCUUCGCUGCAGGCUUCAUGCUAUUCUGGGGCGUGGUGUUCCUGCUGACCACCACGAUGGUGAUGCUAGUAGAUGCAAGCGCGAGUCGCCGCUGAACCGGGACGGCACGCGCGACCCCGAGAUGAGCGUGACCCAGACGUACUCGCAGCUGGUGCGCAUCACGCGGCUCCAGCCCGUCCGCACGCUCAUUGCCAUACUGCUCCCCGUCAUGGUGGGGUUCGCGUCCGCUGAUGCUGUGACCGGCCUGAAGCUGAUCGAGGCCGGCGUGCCCAAGGACCGACUGGCACUGAUGGCCGUUCCCAUGAGCCCGCUGCAGAUCAUCCUGCCGCUGGCCAUCAGCAAGUACACUGCCGGGUCGCGGCCCAUGAGCCUCUUCCUCGGCGCCAUGCCCUGGAGGCUGCUCUUCGGUCUGGUGAUGGCCGGCCUGGUGUACGUGACGCCGCUGUUCCGGCUGGAGGACAUCUCGUUCCCGCUCAGCUACUACGGGCUCAUCCUGGCCGUGUUCGUGCUGCAUCAGGUCACGCUUUACUCCAUGUUCGUGUCGGUGAUGGCGCUCUUCGCCCGCAUCUCCGACCCGGCCAUGGACGGCACGUACAUGACGCUGCUCAACACUGUCACCAACCUGGGUGGCAACUGGCCGGCCACGCUCAUGCUCUGGAUGGUGGACCGGCUGACCUGGAGGGCCUGCGCCGGCGGCGGCGGUGGGGGUGGCCCUUGCGGUAGUGACCAGGACUGCGGAGAGGGCGGCUCGUGCCUCGUUAGUAUGGACGGCUAUGUGGAGAGCGCCGCCUGCGUCUGUCUCGGCUUCCUCUGGCUGCUCUGGGGCCGUCGCCGCCUGCUCGCCCUGCAGGCGCUCGACAUGUCGGCCUGGAGGUGUCGGAAGGCCACCGUGUGACGUCAGCGCCGGUUAGGUUUGUGAUGACGCCUGACAUGUCGACCUGGCGGUGUCGGAAGGCCACCAUGUGACGUCGGCUGGCGGUGGGACUCAUCCCGCCGGCCCGCCGCCUCCAACACCAACACCGCAGCGCGGCGUCGGGGCUGGCGUUCAGCGUGGCAGCCCUGGCGUCGGUUGCGGGUCGGCGCCACCGCAGGCCAUGCGCCGAACGGAGCCAACCCGUCCGUGAGUGCAGCACAAACGGGCCGGCCGGCGGUGCCACGCGGGAGCUCGGGGUGCAGUUGGGCCGUCGACCGAGCCCAGUGUUUCCCGCUCUACCUGGCCCCGUCGGUCAGUGGAUAGGACCGCGAGGCGGUCGCGGGUGUCGUUUGUUCGUGAAGCGUUUGCUGUUUGAUUCCUGGUGCUCAAGAGUUGGUGGAGGCGUUAUUUUAGUAACAACUGAUGCAUGUUGUGUUGCAUUCCAAGGGUUCACGCGCUGGUGAAAGCACUUUUUUUGGGAAACCGCACGGGCACCGCAACAGGUUUGUCUUGUUUUUGUCGUGGAGUGAUGCGCCCCACUACAGCACUGACAAUAUCAUUGGCUUCCCGGCGCCUCGUAUUGCAUAUAAUGUGUUCGAAGGAUAUGAUGCAUCACCUGCGAUCAGGGGAGGGGGCAGGUAGCUAAAGGAGGUUACUUUAUGACGAGCGCCCUACGCGCUCAACAAAUGUGCGUCGUAUUCGGCCUGUUCAGUGGGAUACUUUGUUCAUUCAUUUGCAAGACAAUGACGUCCUUCUCGCGCUGGAUAAGUGCAGUGCGUAAAGUUUUGUUUCCGUAAGACGUUUACAGAGUCGGGUCGAAGCGGGUAGUGAUACAUUAACGCAAAUUCGUUGUCGUUGAUCGCGAUUUUAGGUCGUCGAUCGCGUUGAUCGCCUUCAAUUUCGUCGUGUUAGGGAAAGUGUUUGCUAAUUUACAGUCUUCCGGGUCCCCCUGGACCGCGAGUUGUGAUGCUUGGUGUCGGAAGCGAGCAGGGACCACGUGCGUUGGACGUCACUUCGUGUCGGCGCGGCCACGAGCAGCUGCUGAUGCGGCCGGGCCACCCAGUGCACAUAUCUCAGCUCGUCGACCACCGCGGCCGCGGCCUCGCGACCCCAGCCGGGACAGCUAGUCCUUGGAACCUCGUUGAACGUGUCACUUUCGCACUACCCUCUGAACAAUGAGCGCUCCGGAGGGCGCAACAGCACCCGCAUCUUCCGUGUAUCUGUUCCGCUAAAACAGUGCCUACACAACGAUGUGUAUAUAAAUGAUGGCACACGAACAUCUUGGUGCAUAUGCACAUCGCACAAACACGUAUAAAAUGAUGACUAUGAGACGCUGUCGUGCGCAGCGAGGAAGCAAAACUCAAAGGAAGUCGCCGGUUCGACUGAAACUAGCCUAAUAAAACAUGUUAAAAUGCG